UCACAGGGGCAGAAACAGAAACUCACUCACUGGCUUCCUUGUCAGUCUGCUCCCCCUUUGCUCUCUCACACACGGACACAGACCACUGUCUCUAGCACUCCUAAGGUUUACAUAUUACCUUGUCUGUUUUGCUAGCUCUACCACAGAGUCAUUGGGGACAGAUUACCUUGGACAAAGCACCAGGGACCCGGAGCCUUAGACCUCUCCUCUCCUCUAGUCUCCUUAGUAGGACCAGGCUGAAAAUGGGCAAGGCCCUCUGUAUCGUGGCUCCCCUGAAAGGAUUAUUUGGUCCUGCUGAAGGAGAACAAGACUGUGGCCACUGCUAUCAGAUGGAUAUGGGGGCAGUGGUGGGAAUUAUUGCCUGUGACAUCAUCCUGACCCUCCUCAUCGCUCUCGCCGUGUUCUGUUUUGCUACCAUCCGGAAGAAGAGGAGUCAACAGGAAUCCAGACUGGAGGGAAAAGGGAAAACAAUCACAGCAUCAAAAAGGAAGACAGUAGAAAUCACAGAGUCUCCCUACCAGGAGCUGCAUGGAUUUCAGUCAGACGUGUACAGUGAUCUCCAACAGUUUCAGAAAUGAGACUACUUUUUUGGACUUACUGCAUGUAUCUUGCUGCCUGGUGCUUAAAUCUGACAAGGACUGAACUUCGCACAUCUGGGAUUUAUAUUUAUACUCAUCUCCUUACUGUUAUCUUUCAACUUUUGUGUGUCUGUCUAAUUGUUAAAUGAAUAGAAUAGCAUUUGACACAUUCAAGAGAUAUUGUAUAUAUUUGACAUAAAUAGACAUGUUAAUGUUUGUUUAAUAGGCUACCUUUUAUAGUGUUGUUUUCUAUGAUUUACAUGCAAUUGUUGUUUCAUUAUAUAUCUGUUUUAUUUGACUUAAUUAAGUAAUUUCUGUAUAUUAAUGUGGUUAUUUUAUUCUAUGUUUCAUAAGUACAUAAUUUGUAUAUCACCAGAAACAGUUCAUGGAAGCCCCAUUAAUGUUGCCCUCAGGAUGUUGGUGGCACCUUAAUUGGGGAGGACUGGAAUGGUAUCAAACACAUGGUUUCUAUGGGUUUGAUGACAUUCCAUUCACUCCUUUCCAGCCAUCAUUAUGAGCUGUCCUCCCCUCAGCAGCCUCCACUUAUAUUGCCUAUUAUUAAUAUUAGUCAUAUGAUCUGAAAAACUAUUAGUCAACUGGGAUGAAAAACUUCCCAGAGAUAUUUUAAAUUGAGUUUCUGUCUGCUCCCUGUUAGUCAUAAGCUGGAGUCCCUUACUCACUAUCAACACCAGGGUUGUGGUUAAUUCAUAAUAAUGUGGGGGAGAAAAGUCUCUACAUCCUCUUUGAAAAUCAUAAGAAAUUAAUAUGAAUAUUAAUAAUUGCCUAUGCUUGGAAUGUGUUAGCCUGGCUGAUGUGUAGACUUAGGUGUCAACCAUAAUAGGAUGUGUUUCUCAAAAAAUGUCAAAUAUUUGUUUUUUUUAAAGAUUUAGGAGCUCAGUGCUGUUUAUUGUAUUGGUUAGGUGGUUACAUAUCAAAUACAUUGUUCAAUGUUUUUAUUCACAACUAAAUUAUGUCUCCAUACCUAAAAUAAACAUUAACAAAACA